AUGGCUUCAAGAAAACCAUCGGUGAGGCAUCCGAGCCACAGCCAUCCGUUGCGCGGUCACAAAGCUCAAGUUGAAGAAGAGAUCAUCUGCUCUGGAUGUGACCUAGACCUGGUAGGUGCAGCAUUUAAAUGCACAAAAUCUGAAUGCGAUUACUUCUUGCACAAGUCAUGUUUCGAUCUUCCUCGUGAGACCCGUCACAAGUCUCACCCGGAUCACCCUUUGACCCUACUGUAUGCCCCACCUUAUGAGUCCUCGACUUACACGUGUGACGCGUGCGGUGAGUAUGGAUCAGGGUUCGUUUACAACUGCUCUAUCUGCCAAUGCGAUUUGCAUGUCGGAUGUGUAUCCAUGCCUGAGUUGGUGGAGCGUGAAGGACACGCGCAUCCGCUCACAUUGCUUUACCGUACUCCUUACCAGAACGGUUUGGUGUUCAACUGCGAUGUUUGUCAAGAAACUGUGCCGGAUAAUUUAUGGUCGUAUUACUGCAAGGAAUGUGAUUAUGGAGCGCAUUUACAUUCUUGCGCGGUGGAGGAAGAGGAAGAGGAAGAGGUAGAGCCAGAGCCAAAGCCAAAGAGAGGAGGAGGAAACGGAAGAGGAAGUACAAGCAGUGGUGGGAAUAAUGGAGGAAGGGGCUCAGCGAAGUCGGAGUUAGCUGCAAUGUUGGAAGCUCAAAGGGAGAUGGAGAAGAUGCAGAUUGAGUUACAUUUGGAGAUGCAAAGAGCUAAGAUUGCAAGGAAAUCGAGAAAGGCGAUUCUCAAGUUGAUCUAA